GGAGCCAUCACUAAUGAGUGCUCUGGUAGGAAGCAUGAUUUAUAGAGAAGCUAACAUGUUCUGAAAAAGAGGAAAAUAAACACAGACAGCAAACCACUAUCUUUGAGCCACUUGGCCUUUAAGUAUGACGAGAUCCAGACCUUUUAGUUUCACUUCAGUGAUCUCCAAAACAGGAAGCUUGUGUUUGCCACUAUUCCAGUUGGUGCUCUCGGACCCACUGUGUGAAGAAAAUGAAAUGUGUAUAAACUAUAAAGAUCAAUACCCAAAUGACUGGUAUAUCUGGUUCUUGCUUCUAAUUUUCCUGGUGGCUCUGCUCUGCGGAGCAGUGCUCUUCUGCCUUCAGUGCUGGCUGAGGAGAUGCCAACUUGCUGCCUCAAGACGCACCAUGGCUGUUUUUGCUGUUGGAGACUUGGACUCUGUUUAUGGGGCAGAAGCAGCUGUGAAUCCAACUGCUGGAAUCCACCUUCAAACGCAGAUCCCCACACUGCACCCUGCUGCGUGUUUCAACACUUUAGGACCCCCUCCUCCAUACGAAGAAAUUCUGAAAUCAAGCCAGUUUUAGAUCUGGAUCGCCAAUUGAAAACAUGAGAGAUGUUUUCAGUCCAAAACAUCAAAUUUAGGAACAGUUUUUUUAUUGAGUGGGAAUUUCCAGAGAUCUAUUAACAUAACCUGAGAAAGGACAAAUAGAAAAAGAAUGAAUGUAGGGAAAGAAUUUUGGUCAGGAAGAUGUUUCAGUAGUAAGUUAGUGGAUUCAAUGUAUCACAGCUGUGGUAUACUUUUUUGCUAUGUAACUAAAUCAAUGUUUCUUCAUUAAUACUCAGUAAUUAAUGCUCAGAGUGGCCUCAAGUAAAUUUAGGAUUCCAUUCUAGUACAUAUGACAGCUUUGUAUGCCUCAGUAUCUCUGUUUUAAUCUGACCUUGCUCCUAAUAUAGAGUUGAUAACAAUUACCAUAAUUUAAUUAUGACUCAAGCAGAAAUUCAGACAUGUGUAGAGCCAGAAUCAGAAAGAGAAAAACAAAAAGUUGGAUUAAUUCCUCAAAAAUGUUCAAGCUAUAAAUAAUGCAAAUAAUUAGUACUGAGUUUUAAAACGGGUGCUAUUCAUAUUGACAAGCUAGGCAGAGGGGGGAGUGUGUGUGAAGGAAGACAGUAGACUAGAAUAAGAAAGGUGAAUUCUAAUUUCAGAUUAUGUGCAGUCAGUAAAUAAUAUCUAAAUUUUUUAAAAAAUCAAAAAAUAAUGGUGAAGUACUGCUUUUGGAAAUUAGGUCACAAAUACCUGAAGCAAAACACUCAAGAAUUGAAAAUAAUUGCCUUGCCUGGGCCAGGAGGCUCAGUUGAUCGGUGUGUCGUGCGGUGCACCAAAAGCUUGAAAAUUCAAUCUCAGGUUGGGGCACAGGCCUAGGUUGUGGGUUUGAUCCCCCAUCAGGGU